AUGUCGGGCCACCCUCCAGCAAUAGCGCCGUCAGCCGUCACGACGCUGAUUUCCUCGCAACCACGAACCCCCCCACCACAUGUGGCUCUCUCACUCGAGAUUCUUCAUAAUCUCGAACACCAGCACCAAUGGAAACAUUUAAAAAUUCAUGAACCCUUCUCUCUUUCCCAGAAACAGUCCAUGCCGUUGAUAUCUGGCACCCCUCCUCAACCCAUUUACAUCCACCCGGAUGAACAGGCGUACCUGUUGGAGCACAGUAUUCCUAUGAAAGAUAUACCAGUAGAUAGGGAAUGGGUAAUUCCAACAGCACAGGGAGAGAAAUGGACAUUAAGUCGACUAGCUGGCCUACAUGACUCUUUGCCUAGUCGGGCUGAGGACUUUCCGCAUGAUUCAGUCGACUUGGAAGAAGCGACCAAGAGCAUGCAAGAGUAUGUAAAGCUCAAAAAGGAAAAGCCUUGGGGAGGGAAGAGAGCUUUACUUGCAAUGGUAAAUCGAGGCUUGGGUGGAGAUGGCACUGUUGUAUAUUACGUGACGAUGGAGGGAACACCGAAGCCGAGGCAAAACUAG